AUGGGUCAACAUUGGGACAGCCGCGAGGAGACCAAGACGGACCGCUAUGGGAUGAGGAGAGAACGCGACGUACUUCUCCUUUAUGGCGCAGCCUUUCGCAACAUCCCCCAGGUCAACAACCUGGAAAACCAUGUACCUCGCCUGUCUUUAGACUCGACACUGACAGCCUUGUGUCAACUUACGGCCAUCCGUAUGGGAGCACAACGGUCCAUGAUAUCGCUCAUCGACGACGAACGACAACACAUACUCGCAGAGGCAACUCGUGACUUACCCUUACGACCAGAAGCGCCAGGUGAUGCUCCAAAAGACCUUUGGCUCGGAAAUGUUAGCACUCCGCGGAGCUGGGGCAUAUGUGAAAAGGUCUUGGAAUUGGACCGGCAUGAUCACCCAGUCUUUGUCAUCAACGAUCUUACCACAGAUCAAAGAACAUGUCUUCGCACCGACGUCCAAGGGAAUUCCGACAUGCGCUUCUACGCCAGCGUCGCGUUGAUGUCUCCGAACGGCGCAGUAGUUGGAACGCUUUGUAUCUUCGACAACAAGGCUCGAGAGGGUGUUUCGAAAGAGGAACUCACUUUGUUCAAGGACCUGGGCUCUACAGUCAUUAAUUACUUGAACACAUACACGAUCCGGGACAAGUACAGGCGAGGAGAGAAGUUCACCCGCGGUCUCGUCUCAUUUGCUGAAGGCGCCUCUUCUCUUGCUCCGUUUGAGGGUGAAUCUCGGCACAACUCGAUGGCAGUCUCCCAGACAUUGUGGGAUCCAUCAUCCACAUCAUCGCGAGAUGAGAAGGACAGAGCACCUACGGAUAGAGCCAAGACUGCGCAAGAAAGAGACGAGUCGCACCAGACUGACUCCAUCUUACCCACCGACUCAAAGUCCAUGUUCUCUCGUGCUGCAAACUUAUUGAUGAGCUCGAGCGACCUGGAUGGAGUGCUCAUCCUCGAUGCGAGCGUUGCGGCAAGCGGGGGACAGCGUCGUAACAACAGUGCCUCAAGGAGCGGAACUGAAGCUCCCUCCGAAUCGUAUCGAUCUAGAUCCUCCAGCGAUGAAGCGAGCUCAAACAGCACUGAAGGGUAUGCCCGCGGCACUUCCUCCUCAACGUCCAAAAUGUGUCAGCUACUUGGAGUAGCCACCCCAAGCGACAAAGAGCCGGAAUAUGGGACAUUGUUGGAACCUGACCUUUCCCGCCUGUUUCACGAAUACCCACAUGGCAAGAUAUUUACCUUCAGCGCUGAGGGCGAUUCCUUAUCCUCGAGUGAAGAAACAGUCUCGAGCCUCAAGGUCGCUGAACAUCUGUCACCUACCCCGCUAACGAAGCGCAAGACCAACGAUCGAACACAGCGAGGAUCGGCUGCUAUACAAGCGAUGUUUCCGAAAGCACGCAGUAUUGCUUUCAUUCCCUUUUGGGACUUUGAAAGGUCCAGAUGGUUCGCCGGCUCAGAAAACGCCGGUGCUCCUACAGCAAUCACACUCACCAUUACGGAUACUGGCUCAGGUAUGAGUUCUAGUUUUCUCGCAAACCGCCUCUUCCACCCAUUCUCCCAGGAGAAUCCUCACGCGCCAGGCACAGGCUUGGGUAUGAGUAUUGUGCGCCAAAUAAUCGACACGAACGGUGGCAAGGUUGAAGUCAGCAGUGACCGCAACGUGGGCACCAAACUCAUUGUCAAACUUGCUCUCGCUAGACCGGAGGUACCUGGUACGAUGACAGCGGAGCGCGCGCAGUUUCUGUCUUAUCUGCCGAGGCUAGAAGGCCGGAGAAUAUGCAUCCUUCGCAAGACGAUAGAGAGACCAGUUGAAGACAACAGUCUCUCCAAGACGGACGAAGGCCUAUUACGCUUCACUAACGCACUGGUCUAUACCUUGGAGACGCAUCUUAAGAUGGAAGUCGUGAAAACGAAUGAGUGGGAAGGUCAUGAUGCCGACAUGGUCAUCUGUCCGGAGUUGUCCUUUGACUACCUCGCUACGAUUCGGAAACGAAGGCCCAACGGCCAGCGCGCCCCAGUGACUAUCUUUGUCGGUAUGGAUGCACUCGAAGCAGCGACCCUGCGCUCUGACGUUCGCGUGACCAAUCGGGAGUCGGUAGUAGAGAUCAUCACCCAGCCAUGCGGACCGUAUAAACUCGCUUGGGUUCUCAACCGAUGUUUGGAUCGUUACGAACACCCAGCUGAAAACUUGCAACCCACUGGUGUGUCCAGCCCGCCGCCGCAGCCCAUGUGGCAAAGUCCGCCACGAGAGUCGCGUCCUUCAACACCAAUGAAGUCGAUGCAGAGUGCGAUUGAGUCUCUCGAUUCAGAAUCACCUAGACCGAUUGCUCCUUCUACAGCUGGAUCCACAGUUGCGCAGGCUUCAGUUACUUCGCCUACGUCGCCUCAAGAAGACGACCCUGUGAUAUCGCACACACUCAUCGUCGAUGAUAACCCAUUGAAUCGACGACUUCUCGUCGCGUUCAUGAAGAAAAAUGGUCUUCAAUUCGACCAGGCAUCAAACGGACAGGAAGCUGUGGACAAGUACCGAGAACGACCGCGCAAGUACGACGUUAUAUUAAUGGACAUGUCCAUGCCGGUCAUGGACGGCAUGAGCGCUACACGAGCCAUCCGCGAAUACGAGCGAAACAACAAACUGGCAAGGUGUUCUAUUGUCGCACUUACUGGGUUAGCAUCGUCAAGCGCUAAGCUGGAAGCCUGGAGUUCGGGGAUCGAUCACUUCAUGACGAAGCCCGUCAACUUCAAGGCGCUGGGAGACCUUCUUAAGAGUGACGAGGUGCGGAGGCAUGCGAGACCAAGCGAAGGGGAUAAUACUGCGGCAGCAGCUGAUAUACCUUCUGAGGAGUGUAAGACGUGA